CGAUACCACCUUGCCACCGAUCCGCCGCAACCCAUUCUUCUUUUGCGCUUUGCACCCUCCAGCGCGCCUCCGCCCUCAUCUCAAAUCUUUCCUGGCAUGGUCGCUUGCCGCAAGGCCUCCGAAAUCUGAUGCCCUCCCCCGUCACCAUCCCCUCGUCUCAUCCGUCCUUCUCCAAGAUGGAGGAUAGGAAGAGAGCGGCCGGUGAUGAUCUGGCGCCCCCAACCAAGCGACAAGCAGUGAAUGGCAAGGCGUCUGCCGAUGCAGAUAUGCCAUGGGCUGGUGAUCUUGAGGUAUGUUCCAUCAUCGAGCCUUGGUAUUAGUCUCGUUCCAUCGACAUCGAUUCAUGUCAUGUUCCUGCGUCAAUUUCAUGUGUAUCUGCGACGCCGUAUGGGACUCUUCCCGUUCUGUGUACUGCUGGUAUGAUCUAUGGAGCCAGUGCUAAUGCGCAGCUUGCUCUCGACAGCUUGCUCACCAUAGACCCUCAUCAUUCCAAUCCUGCCGCUAGAACACGUACAUAAGUCCUAAGCAUUGUCUUUUUCAGAAGAGCGAAUACAAAGUGCGAGAUCUUGCUGACGCAUGUCACAUUUAGAAAUACCAAAAGGAUGCAAUUUACAGACAAAUGCUCGAGUACAAGCGGGAGAAGGUGACAUUGGAAUCACAAUUGAGGGAUAUCCAAAAACGCUCCGUCGACCACGAUGACCAUUUGAGGGUGAUCAACGCCUGGUGGACACAGGUAAUUUCAAGCUCGUAUCAUACUCUACGAGACAUGCUGACAAGGCUGUACAGUUGCUGGACGAAGUCAAACUAUUGGUAGAAGAUCGGAUCCCUUCUUCAGACGAUGUCGAUGGUCAGUUCGUUUCCAAACACACAGUACCAAAGCUGACGUCUUCGAUAGCAUCCUUCCCGACGAAGUUGCAAUUUAAGGGUAGUGAAGAAUUUCAAAGUCACCUGGCAUCACGCGCCAAGGAGAUUAAGUCAAAGCUCCAAGCUAUAUUCACCAACCUGGCCUCAAUUCGCGAUAAGCCAUCAUCCGAUGUUCAAGACUUGCAGUCAAAACUAACAAAGCUGCUAUCAGCACAGAAGGAGUAUGUCGUUACUGUGGAUAAAUUACGGACCGAGAAGAAGGAACUCAGUGAGCGACUCGAGACAGCAUCAUUGCGUUACAUAAAAGCCGAAAAGCGCUUGGAUCGGGCGAGAAGCACAGCGGUCGCCAAACUUGAACAACAGGCAAUCGCAAAUUCCUCUGGUACUGGCAUCGGAUCGGCUGAAAAUGGAGACACGGAAAUGGUCCAUGGUACUUCCGAGGAGAGCAAAGCUUCCAAAACUGCGUAUGAAGAGGCUGUUGCUGUCCUUGCAAAGCAAAAGGAACAGCUUGAGGCAAUUGCAGCCGAAAAUAAAUCCUUGACUGAACAACUUACUACAGCAGCUACCCGACUUUCAAAUCUUACGGAGGACGAUUAUGCACGUACCGAGCUAUUUAAACAAACUAGGGUUCAGCACGAGGACGUCAUCCGAAGAAUCAACCAUUUGGAAGCCACCAACAUUCAACUCCGAGAGGAGGCGGAAAAAUAUCAAGCUGAGCGAACCGCAUACCGAGCGCAAAUCGAAACCGAAUCUGAGAUAAUUACUGGGGAACUUGAGAACCAGUUGGCUCGCGCUGAGGCAGACCUUACGAGAAUAAGAUCCAUCCGGGAUGAACUAAAUGCAGAGCUUAGUAUGCGAAAGUCGAACGAGGAGCACGCUCGCACGUCAAGCGAUCAACUCAAGGAACUGGUUACUGCAAAGGACGAUCGGAUUUCUGCUUUGGAACUAGAAGUAAGUCGACUUAAAACGCAAAUUGACGAGGCAGCUUGCGAGCCAACACCAAGACCAAACAUCGAUACUUUGGACCAGGAUCAGCUGCGACACAAAUAUGAGGCUCUUGCACAGGAGUUUGAGUCAAUCAAUAAAGAAAUGCCUGCUCUACAAGGCGCAUAUAAGCGUGUACAGGCAUUGUCGACUAAGAAGGUCAUGGACUUCACCGCCCUGGAAGAGAGAGUUCAGAUUCUUCAAGCUGAAAAGGCCAAGGCUGAUCAGAAAUAUUUUGCCGCCAGGAAAGACAUGGAUACCAGAAUCAUGGAGGUGAAAGCUCUUCGAACACAGAAUCACAAAAGUUCCGAUAUCAUCACGCAGCUCAAGGAUGUUGAGGCCUCUAACCGUACUCUUACGAGCAAUCUAGAGAAACAAUUGAGCGAUACCAGACAAGCAAACACAGCAAUCAUGUCCGAGAACAAGAAGAUGGAAGCAACGACCCGGGAAGCCACCAGCAAAGUUGACAGUCUGAAGAAUCAAGUUGUGGAAUUGACCAGUUUAUUGAAAGCAAAGGAUUCUGCGAAUUCAAGCAACAAGCAAAAAACCCACGCUUUGGAGACGGAAUUGACACAGCUUCGUGUCAAAUACGAAAGUGCUCUGAAAGAAAGGGAUACAUGGAAGUUGAAGAGUCUCAGCAACCAGUCUGGUGAAGAGGAGAUGUUGAGAGUAUGUCUAAACUACAUCUGGAUAUUCAAGGCAUAUGCUAACAUUCUUAGUCUCUUGCCUUGUGCACCAUCUGUCGGAAAGAUUUCAAGAAUACAACUUUGAAGACCUGCGGCCAUGUAUUUUGCAAUCACUGCGUCGACGACCGAAUCAGUAACCGCAUGCGGAAAUGUCCUAAUUGCGCCGAAAAAUUCGAUAAGAUGGAUGUAAUGACAAUCCACAUGUGA